AUGCGAUGUCCCGGGCCCCCUUCAUCACAGGUGGCCAAGGUGCAACAUACUCAUACUCGCAGCCACGCUGGCCAGCUUAGUAGAAGCAGCCACCCCUGCUCAAGCUCCAACGCUACGGGCACAACAACUGUUGUUCUCCCAGCCGGUACAGUCAUAGGCUCCGUGCCCCCAGUACGCCUCGAGACUUUCGGCUCGGUCCAGGCUACCGGUGUUGGCCCCGCAUGUCCUCAAAUGACAGGGUUAAACAUCACGCCACUCUUGCUUGAUGUGAUUAUCCUGCCCGACGUCGAGGAGACUCUAUACUUUGGAACGUCAUUGGGUGACGAGACUGAAGAUUGCCUCACCAUCUCGGUCAUGCGGCCAGAAGGCACCGCAGCUGCUGCGAAGCUGCCUGUUCUCUUUUGGAUAUUCGGCGGAGGCUUUGAGACGGGUAGUCCACAGGCUUACAACGGAUCGGUCCUUAUCCCCCAAUCAGUAGGUCAGGGCAAGCCGAUGAUUCUUGUAGCCGUCAAUUAUCGCCUCGGUGAUUUUGGAUUUCUUGGAGGCAGUGAGGUUUUGGCCGAUGGGGCAGCCAACCUAGGUCUGCUCGACCAGCGUAUGGGUCUAGAGUGGGUGGCAGACAACGUUGCGGGGUUUGGUGGUGAUCCCGAUGCGGUCAUCAUAUGGGGUGAGAGCGGUGGCUCUAUGAGUGUUUUUGAUCAGCUUGCAAUUUUUGAUGGCAACAACACUUCCAAAGGCCGGCCGUUGUUCCGAGGUGCCAUCAUGGAUAGCGGCAGUAUAACACCCACCGAACCAGUGGACAGCGCUAAAGCCCAGGAGAUCUUUGACACAGUGGUCGAAGCAGCGGGAUGUGCGUCAGUGGCAGAUUCAGGUAAACUCGAAUGUCUACGAGGGAUCGGCUAUGAAACGUUCUUAAAGGCAACGAACAGUGUCUCCACUUACCUGAGCUAUAGCUCCCCGGCAUUCAAUUAUGCUCCUCGCCCAGACGGUCGGACUCUCACUGCCAGUCCGGAAGUCCUUGCUGAGACAGGGAAGUACGCAACGGUCCCGAUAAUCAUCGGCAACCAGGAGAAUGAAGUAAGGAACAAUAUUUGCUUUAUUCCAGACCAACAUCACACCAAAGCAGACUUGAUCUUCUAUCUCAACGAUGUCUUCUUCCAUAAUGCGACAAGUGAUGAGGUCGCAGCCCUCGUCGAUACCUAUCCCGAUAAUCCCGACAGCCCCGCAGGCAUAGGCGCGUCAAACGCUACCUACCCAGAAUUCAAACGGCUCGCUGCCAUUCUGGGCGACUGGGAAUUAACAUUCAUGUCCCGGCUCCUCUUGGAAACGUUCCCCUUCAAUGUACCUGCGUGGUCAUACCAAGCGACAUACGCAAAUGGGACUCCAAUUCUCGGUACUUACCAUAGUACCGAUGUGCCUCAUCUGUUCUACGAGACCGAUGAUGUUAGCACGGCCAUUCAGGCUCUGUAUAUCUCAUUUGUGGAUUCUUUGGAUCCCAACAACUACGCGGCCGGGACUGCUUGCGGGUACUUGACUCCCUGGCCAACGUGGCAGGAGAGAAAGCAGCUAUUAGAGCUUGGAGCUCAAUCUACCCGGCUUAUAUAUGAUGAUGCGAGGGCUGCUAGCUUUGACUACAUCCAGGCUCAUUUGAAGACCCUGCGCUUGUAAUUGUAAAGCUAAGUUGAGAAAUGAUAUUUCUUAAUAUAAGGAUUCGUAAUAUAUAUGUGACGGGCCAUGGCCCGGCAUAGGGCCUCGGCACCCCUUCGGCCAACUGGUGGCAAGACGGACCCACGAGUACGGUUCAAAGACCUAGAAGCUCGGAUCACCGAAAACCCCUUCAAAAAAUCAAGAUCGCUCACGAAAGGACGUGUUUCCUUCCUUUCUUUCGCUAGGUAAGAAUACUCGUAUAUAGUAGGAAAAAGACCGUUGAAUAAACCUCUUGAACGCUUAUAUUAUUCUAACCUCCCUCUUGAGAUAUCGAUGAGUGCCUUUGCCGUCAUGCGGGGCCAACUUUUGCCUACACUAAGUAUACACACCCAAUUUCGGACCCAC